UUCCGGUGGGCGGGGCCGGGGCGGUACCGGCAGCACCGGCGGGGCGGGCCCGGCGUGCGGAGCGGGCGCGGCCAUGGCGCUGAACCUGGCCAAGAACGGGCGGGCGCUGCAGGAGGCCUACGGGAGCGUGGUGGCCGCGGGGAGCCGCACGGACUGGGCUCUGUUCACCUACGAAGGCAACAGCAAUGACCUGCGAGUGGCUGGCUCCGGAGAGGGGGGGCUGCAGGAGAUGCUGGAGGAGCUGAGCAGCGGGAAGGUGAUGUACGGCUUCUGCCGCGUCACCGACCCCAACUCGGGGCUGCCCAAAUACGUCCUGGUCAACUGGACGGGUGAAGGCGUCAAUGACGUGAGGAAAGGAGCCUGUGCCAACCACGUCAGCACUGUGGCCAACUUCCUGAAGGGGGCCCACGUCACCAUCAACGCCCGGGCAGAGGAGGACGUGGAGCCCGAGCUCAUCAUGCAGAAGGUGGCCCAGGCCUCGGGGGCCAACUACAGCUUCCACAAGGAGAGCAGCAAGUUCCAGGACUCGGGGCCCCAGGCUCCCGUGGGCUCUGUGUACCAGAAGACAAACGCCAUGUCUGAGAUCAAGAGGGUCAACAAGGACAAUUUCUGGGCCAAAGCAGAGAAGGACGAGGAGGAGCGGCGGCAGGCGGAGCGGCGGCGGGCGGAGGAGCAGCGGCAGCGGCUGGAGCGCGAGCGGCGCCAGCGCGAGCUGCGCGAGGCCGCGGGCCGCGAGCAGCACUUCCAGGCCCGCGCCAGGGAGAUCGAGGCCCACAGGAGACUCCAGCAGCAGCAGGAGGCUGAGAACAGGGACAGGGAGCAGCAGCAGUGGGCGGAGCACGCCGAGGAGGACGAGGCACGCCGGGGCGUCAGGAGGAGCGAGUCGGUGGAGAAAGCCCAGGAGGCGGCCACGCUGAUCGCGCAGAGAGCCGUCAACCCCCGAGACAUCUUCAAGCAGAGGGAGAGAGCGGGGCCGGGGGACACGGGGCUGCCAGCACAGCCAGGGAAGCUGCGCAGCCCCUUCCUGCAGCAGGAGCUGAACUCGGUGCCCAGCCCUGCCUCCCCCAGCCGGGACCUCUGGGGGUCCCCCCCGGCCUCCCCCGUGCCUGCAGCAGGACGAGACUCUGGGUACAAUUCUGGUGUGCCAGGGUCCCAGGUGGAGGAGAACUUGUACGAGGAGCCCCCGGAGCCCUCGGCCAUCUACGAGGAGCCCCCCCAGGAACAAGGUGACGAUGCCAAAUACGACUACAGGGCAGAGUACCAGGAGCCCCCAGACCUGGCAGGGAAGGGGCUCUGUGCCCGGGCACUCUACGACUACCAGGCUGCUGACGACACCGAGAUCUCCUUUGACCCUGAGAACAUCAUCACCCACAUCGAGAUGAUCGACGAGGGCUGGUGGCGCGGCUACGGCCCCGACGGCCACUUCGGGAUGUUCCCCGCCAACUACGUGGAGCUGAUCGAGUAGGGGGGCUGCUGGGGGGCUGCUGGGGGGCUGCAGACCCCCGGGGCUGCUCCAGACCCCGAGCCCACCCAGCUCCUGCCCGGCUCUUGCAGCGGCACGUGGCUUUUUCUCUGUUUUUCUCUCUCUCUCUCUCAGUGAAGUGCCAUUCCCCAGUCCCUCGGCAGUGGGGGCCCCCCCAGCGCUGCCCCCCCUGUCCCCCAAAGCUGCCCUUGGGUGAAGGAAGGGUCCCAUCCCACCCUGAGCCCGCAGUGCUGGUCUCCCCCUCCUCCCUCGGCUCUGGAGUGGGAGGGAGGGUGUGACAAAUCCCUCACGGGAAUUUUCAGGGAACAAAUUACCUCCCCCCCCCCCCCCCCCCCCGUGCUCCCUCCCUCCCUCUCUCCCCGUGACCUCGGACCUGCUGCAGCCACACUGGAGCAGCCACUUUCCCAGGCUGAUUUCAUUGGAAAAGCUCUUCAGGACCGUGCUGGGGUCCUGCAGGGUCUGGCGUGGCCGGCAGAGGUGAAUCCUGCUUCCCAAAACCCUGAAUCCUGCUUUCCCAGCACCCUGAGCACAGCCACGUGUGAUCCCGUGCUCUCCUCCCUGCUCCCUCCCCUCACCCCAAACGUGCUCCGGGGGUCUGAACUGGGGGUGGAACCCCCCCUGCAGCACAGAUCCAGCGUGGGACCCCCUCCCCAGCCCCAAACUCACUGUGAACACGGAAAAGCCCAGCCCUCUCUCAGCUCCCUGCCCUGCUGUCCCUUUAGGAAUGGAAGGAAGGGUUGGGGGGUCCCAGCUCGGCCCCCCUCCUUGUGCUGGGGGCCGUGGUGGCUUCUCUGAGUCCCUCCCCCGAGCUCCUUCUCCUCCUCCCUCCCCAGCAUCAAUAAAAGGGCUUUUCUUUGGU